UUCUUCUUCUUCUGGCUCAACAACCGUUGCUGGUCGAGGCCUGUCUGUACCCACUUGUGGGGUUGGCUCUCAGUGAUUUUUUUUUGGAUUACCCCCAUAUUAGGAUAGUCAGUCCUACGUAUGGCGGCACGGUCUAUGUGGGGCUUGAACUCAUGACGGGCAUGUUGUUAAGUCGUGCGAGUUGACGACUGUGUUAUGAGACCGGCUUGAACUUACAGGGUUUUCAAAGUCACGUUCGAAUGUAAACAUUGUUAUUCGCCGCGAGCAACAAGUUAAUUCACAUAAAUCUGAUGUUUCAUUUUCAUCAUAAUAUUUUUAAUUUUUUCAGCAUGAUUUUCAACACGAUUCAAGCUGGAUUGAGUUUGACAGUUCUUUGUUAUGUGUUAAAAAUCAUGUGUAAAAACUUAAAUUUCAUUUUGAACCAAAUACACCAUGUGACAGCUGUUUGAAAAGCAUCUUGGAUGCGGUGAAUAAUUAUGUGCACAUUUGAAAGUGACUUGGAAAACCCUAUAUUGCUUAACUUGGUUCCAUUGCAUCAAAUGGUUGCCCCUCGGAAAUGAGAAACCAACGUAAACAUUCGUUAUCUUCAAUGGUGUUGUUGUACAGUUAAGCGCGUAGAAGUGUUGGAAUGUUUUAUUUUGAAAAAAAAUGCAGGGGUUUCCGAGUCAAUUUUUAAAUGUCUACAACGUCUUUGAUAGCUUGCGAGAUGUUUUUCAACAGUUUUCAAAUGUCGUAAUUGCAUCACAAUAAUCUAUCAGCUCGUCCACAUGAUUUUCAACAAGUUCAACACUCAAGCUGGAUUGAGUUAAACAGUUUUUUUAGUGUUGAAAAAUAUUUGUAAGAGUGAAACCAAAUAACGUCGCGCCGAGAAGCGUGACGCCAAAUUUGAUGACAUUUGAUGAUAUUCGAUAACAGGUCUGUAAAAAACCAAUCUGUUUGACUACAAAUAUUUUCACGCUAAGUAUUAGCGCGAAAAAUUAGACAUUUCAUCGAAUGUCAUCGAAGGAUGACAGCUGGGUGCAUACAUUUAGGCGUUAAAUGUUUCAGUUAUGUUGAUUUUGGCUAUUUUUUCACCCUUCACGACGUUAAAUUGUCUCCAUAUGUCUGGUUGCACGGUAAGAAUUGAAAUUUUAUUAUGAUGCAAAUACACCAUAGGACGACUGUUGAAAAACAUGUUGGAGCCGGUGAAUAAUGACGUGCACAUUCGAAAGUAACUUGUAAAUCCUUGUAAUGAAAGACGUAUACCUUAACCACCGAUAAACCGACGUGACACUUUGAACAAAAUUAGCUUCAAAAGUUGUCUCCUUAUUUCAAAUGAAAAUACGUUAAACACUAGCGCCAUCUCUAUAAUGAUUCGCUUACUACAAUGACACAGAGGAGAAACUGCUAAAACCUCUUGUUUGUUCUUUGUUUUUCUCCCCAAUACAGAACGAAGAAUAUUUUCUCCACAUCUCACAUCAUUUGUACUGAGUUGGAAAUCCAUCAAAUGAUUUUUCUGGGUAUUUUGUCCAAUUAUUUUCAUAAAAUCUUGCCUAACACUUCCUCCGCCAUUUGUACUUGGAAAAGUUGUUUCCAUCUAAGCAGCCGCGAACAGAGCUCAUUUUGACAAAAGUGUUCGCCUUCAUUGCAAAAAACAGUACUUUCAUGUGGGACAGUUUUGUAACGCAAGUGUCACGUCGGUUUGUCGGUGCCUUAACUACACAACAAAUAAAUCCACUUGUUGAGUAAUCGUAACGUUCUGAUCGGGUUGGAGUAAAACCGUAAAAAGCCUUUUUCAAAAUACACAUACUAAUGAGAUAAAAUAAGUUUUACUUUACUUGAUUGCGUUUCUAAUUGCGUUGCUACAGUAUGUUGUAACUAUGUACGGUACGAUCACAUUUAUUAAGUAAAUACAUUUUUGAGCGAGAAAAAUCACGUUAAAGUUCAUCCCUAUAGAAUGAAGUGAUAUUAGCAUUAGGCAAGAUAAGGUAGAAAUUAGCGAUAGUCAUAUUUUAAGAUGCUACACAUACUGCAACACGGUAGAGAUGUCCUUAUCAUCACCAAGUGCUAUGUUGGCUUCAUCGUAUCUUUUCCCAGUAACUCAGUGUUGUUAAAUAAGAAAAAGAAAGUUGAUGCAAGAAAAAACAUUGAUGCUGGUGGAUUAACCACGAGUUGUAAAUGAACGCGAUAUCUUUCAAAACCAUUACACAAGUCUAGUGAAGAUGACUAAUAGGGUGUACUUUAAUCAUUUUACUGAACUGCAUUAUAUGCAGAGCGUGGUUUACACAUUAUAAGAAAUGAAUCAAAUGGCUUGGCUUAUAACAUUGAUAAGCUUAUCUUUUUUUUCUCUUAUUUUUCUCCUCUACUCCAUUUGGCCUCUAUAAAAACGAACUGCAAUAACCUUUAUUCCAAAUCAGUGUCACCCAGUGCUCACAGGCUUAGUUCUUAACUCUUAGUUCGCGAAAUGAAGGUUUAUAGCGUCAUACUAUACUGUGUUGUGGUCAUGCUAUUUAUAGCUAAAGUCGAUGGUGCUGAACAAAACAUUCCUAAUUCAUCGUUCAUCGGUGCUGAGUAUCAGCUGAUAGCAGCCAGGCUGGAUGAUCUUCAGAAAACGCUGACGGAUAUAAAAUUAGCAAAGAAGGAAGAACGAGCCACUACUGAGAGAAAGCUACCUAAUGAGUUGAAUCUACUACAGCAUGCGAUAUUCGACAAGCUCACCACCCUACAGAAUCAGUCCAAUAAAAUGGUUAUUGAGCAAAUAGCCAGCACUACUCAGGAACAGAGCAGGAAGGAAAUUCAAAAGCUGGCAUCAAAGGAAGAUCUUGCUUUGUUUAAGGUGGAUCCAGGAUUAUAUUUCCGCAGUAUUUCGACUCGAUCGUGCAAGGACGAGCCAUCGAAUCGCACAGGAGAGUUUUUGAUACAACCUACUCAAAACGAUGAACCAUUUCUGGGAUACUGCGAACAGACUGCUUUCGGAGGAGGUUGGUUAGUGUUCCAGUACCGUUACGAUGGAUCCGUCGACUUUUACCGUAACUGGACCGAGUAUCGAAACGGGUUCGGCAGCAUGGAUGGAGAGUUUUGGCUCGGGCUGGAGAAUUUGCAUCGGAUGACUUCGGCUCAAAAGCACGAGCUGUUGGUGGAGCUGAAGCAUUUUAAUGGCAGCUACAUGUACGCACGGUAUGAUGAAUUUGAGAUUGGCAAUGAGAAGGAUCAAUAUCCGCUGGCGAGGCUGGGAUCGUACACCGGAACAGCCGGCGACUUAAUUAGCAUCCACAAGGGCAUGAAGUUUUCGACCAAGGAUCGGGACAAUGAUAAAAGUAUUGAAAGUUGUGCUAAGACGUGGAAGGGAGCAUGGUGGUACAAAAAUUGCGGGUAUGCUAAUCUUAAUGGAGGUUUUAAAAAUGGUAAUGAUCAAACAUCCAUGCAUUGGUAUACAAACAAUUUUAUAGGAAUGGCAUACACAAGAAUGUCAAUACGCGAGAAGUAACAGUUAUUGAUCUGUAUUUUUUUAUUAAAGCGAUGAAAUAAAGUCAAGCAUCCAUUCCGAAACUAUAACUUUUCAAACGCUUUAUUGCAAUAA